AUGUCUACCACCGUUAUCUCCACCAAUGCCAACACGUCAAAGACGAUUCGCCUGACAAACGGUAAAAAUUUCACCUAUGUCUCCAAUGCGGCAUCCACAGAAGAGUCAAUUCCUAUCAUUGACGUGUCGCGCAUGUAUAGCGAUAAGCUGGCCGAUCGUCAAGCCUUGGCUGAAGAUAUUCGACAAGCAGCUCAUAGUAUUGGGUUCUUCUGUAUAACGAGUCAUAAUAUAAACAUGGAGCUGGUCUCAGAUGUGAUGGAGCAAGCUAAGGGGUUUUUUGCUCUUCCAGAGGAAAAGAAAAUGGAAGUGAGCUCGGAACUCAUACCGGACGAGUAUUGCGGAUAUCAUGGAAUGCAGCGAUACAACCCUAAUGGCUGGAAAUAUAGAGACCUGUACGAAGCGUUCAACUGGAACUAUAACCCGGCUAAAGAUCCCGAUCAUCCAGACCCGUUGACGCCACAAAUAAAUCUUUGGCCAAAGGACAUGCCCGAAUUUGAAGAAAAGCUCAGUGCUUAUCAGACUGAAAUGAUUCGGUUUGCACGUCGACUAACACGCAUGUUUGCAUUGGCCCUACAUGUCCCAGAAGACUUUUAUGACGAGCACGUGAAGCAGCCAGAAGCCGGUUUACGAAUUCUCCAUUACCCACAGCAAGAAGCACGUCGAGAUGAGCAGAAUGGCAUUGGCGCUCAUACUGACGUCGAGUUCUUUACCAUCAUCACCUCAGACGCAGAAGGUCUGGAGGUCCUUAGUAAAUCGGGUCAUUGGAUCAAAGUCAAGCCUAUUCCGGGUUGUUUGGUGGUGAAUAUCGCUGAUUGCUUUAUGCGACAGACGAAUGACUUCUUUGUGAGCACAGUUCAUCGGGUUAUUAAUGAGAGUGGCCGGGAGAGAUAUUCCGUACCCUUCUUCUGGGGUAUCAACCGGAAGACCCUCUUGAGUCCUGUGCCAACGUGUGUCAGUGAAGAGAAUCCGAACAAGUAUCCAGUCAUGACUGCGGGAGAGUAUUAUCUCUGGCGAACUAGGAGACAAAAGAGAUCAUGGCUGGUAGGUGAGAAUCAGAAUGAAACUUCUACAGAGUAG